AUGGAUGCUUCAAUUCAUUUGAAUUAUGAAUAUAUAAAUGAAAACGAAAUUGAUGAUGAACUUAAAUGUGUUAUAUGCAAACAACCACUUGAAGAUCCUGUGAGUUUAUCAAUAUGUAAUCAUACAUUUUGUAAACAAUGUAUUCAAAUAUGGCUUUAUGGAAAUCAAACAUGUCCAAUAUGUAGACAAAAUAUUAGACAUGGUUUUGAAAGAAAUAAUCAAUCAUUUAAACAAUCUUUAUAUGUUCCAAUUAAUACUCGAAUAGUACUUAAUCAAAUUGAUCGUCUUCUUGUUCGAUGUUUACUUUGUAAUGAAACAAAUAUUCAACGAUGUCAUUGGAAAAAUCAUGAAAACAAUUGUUUAAAAACAAUUGUAUCUUGUCCAUCAGCUGAUAUCAGAUGUCCAUGGAAAGGAUCAAAAGAUAAACUUUCAACACAUUUACAUAAUUGUUCAUUUCAACAAGUACGACCAAUUAUUAAUGAACUUAAAAAUAUAUUAAAUUUAACUCGAAUAAAACAAAUUGAAUUAGAAAAUCAUAUCACUAUACUCGAAAGCAAAGUUACUUUUCUUCUUAAAUAUAUUAAUAAUGGAAAUAUAAUGACACAAAAUUGUACAAAACCAGCAAAUCAAUGUAAAUAUAACAGUACAAAUGAAUUCAAUAAAAGUAAUCAAUUUAUUUGCAGUCUUUGUAAUCAAUAUAUACAUCGUGAACAGAUUUUACUUCAUGCUUGUUCAGGAGAUUGUAUUUGUCGUUCUUGUGUUACUUCUCAAUAUGUUGAUUGUUUUCAAACAUGGAAAUCAUCAAAAUUCGGAAAAGAUUGA